UAAAAAGUGCCUCCAUCAGACAUCGUGAACAGAGCAAGAAGCAAGUACCGGUAGACUAACUAGUCACUAGGGGAAGGCCCCUAGCCAGAGCAGUCGUAAAAGGACACCACCAGAAGCGCAGUCUACUGUCUACACAUACAAAGCCACACAGAGAAAGAUGCCAGAAAGGAAGAGUGAUGUGAAUGGAGAGUAUAAGAAUAGAGACAGGGAUUUCUCCCGCAGUGCCGACCACCGGGAUAAGUAUGACAGCAGAGAUGGUGACUCCAAAGCAAGAGUUGGUGACGAGAGAGGUUCUGCUGGUGACAGGAGGUCCAGACAGAUGGAUGUGAGGAGUGGUUCUCCCAAAAAGACGCCUGCUUCCAGAGACCACCACCAUCAAGGACCUUCUACGCUGUAUGAACAGUCUCCUGUGUAUCCUCCUGAGAGGGAGUUUUACGAGCGACAGCACAGAGAAGCUCUUUACAACCUCCGAUACAUCCUCACCACUCGAGGUCUUUGCCAGUUGAUGGAGAUUUUUGUCAAUCUUCUCAUCAUCAUCUGCGCCGGGGUGCCGCACAGCAACAACGGAGGCUACCGUGACCUGGCCAGCCUGGGGGGCGUAUACUACUAUCACUUUGGGGGAGCCAACGCCUUUAAAGGGGCCGAAGCAGAGCGAGUGAUGGAACUGGACCGGUUGUUCAACGAUCUCAAGAGGCCUCCAUAUGCUUUCGCCAUGGCGUGCGGCGGGAUCGUCAUGAUCUACGCCCUGGCUAUGCUGGCACUGGGGAUUUUCCGAGUGCCUUACCGCUACCCGCCCGUGCUGCUAGGGGAGGCUGCGGUGAACCUGCUGAUCGGCCUGGGAUACAUUGCCGCGCUGGUCUUCUUCUUCAUCAAGCUGAAGGACAACUACAACAACGCCAUCUGCAAGGAGAGGGAGCAGAUGUACAAGAGCAAAGGUCACAAGGGCUUCGAGUGCCAGUUUCACGGCGCAGACAUCGCCGGGGGCCUCUUUGGCGUUCUGGGCGUCUUUGUGUUCAUCUUUGGCGCCAUGUUGGCUGUUAGAGCGUUCCGAACCGUGCGGGACAUGAAAAAGCAAAAAAAUCCCCAAGAUGAUCGCUUUUAAGCAAAUUAAAUUAAAUAAAAAAUAUUAUUGUGCAAACUGGUUUAAUUAGAUCAUUCUGUAAGUAGACCUCUUUUAUGCACUUUCUGAACUUAUUUUAAUAUAAAUGUUUUACUCUUUGCAUGUUCAUGUUCUUUUUAUAUACUCAGAUUUUUUUUUACAAUAAAAUACUAAGA